GCGGCGCGGGGACUGCUAUCGCGCACAUCGGCAGAGCAGCGUGUAGAAUCCCUGACGUCAUACAUCACUCCAGAUGCACAGUUCUUGUGCUGGCGUUGCUCCUAGGGGCAGUUUGCAUUGCAGUGUAUGGCUAUGUGCUUGAUUUUAUGCACCUGUUAGCAAUGGACGUGGCUCAAACACCUGAGCUCAAUCAUUAGGAGGGGUGUGUUUUAAUAAGAAGUAAGGACCCAGGCCUAGUCUAAUGUUGAAACCUGAAAUGAUUCUUCUUUGGAGUUGUAGGCGAGAUGUACUGUAGGCUCCCAAAUGUCUCCAUGUUCCAUAUCUGCGGUUACAAUCGCAAACAGAACUCCAAAAGUACACUCAACUGGAGGCAUACAAAAAGGGGGGGGGCAUUUGGGAUUUGGCCGUAGUCUGCUGUUCAGAUUUAAACCUGGACCAUAAACAACUUCGUAUUGGAACUAGUGUGCACUAUGUAGGGUGCAGAAGCUAUUAUUUAGUGCCCUAUGAAGCACACGGACAGUAGGAAGCCAAGUGUAUCAAAUGGAACGGCUCCACAGGUUACCCUAACUGUCAUAAGUGACAUAAAACCACUACUUUGACGUAGUACUUAGUAUAGUAGUAUACAAUUUGGGAUUCAGCCCUAGUCUACUGGAAAGCAAUAAAUGACACUCAGGUGGAGAUUUAGGUAAUAUGUGGAAUCCCAGAUGUCUCCUUGCUCCAUAAUAUCUGUACUAGAUAGGGGUAGUGUACUUUUAUAGGAGGUAGGGAGCUUUUUUUUGGGGGGGAUUUAACCUUAGUCUAGUCUUCAGAUCCAAGUCUCAAUACCCUAUUAGACUUAAUGUGCACUAUGUAAGGUGUAGAAGGAUUGAUGUUGUGCCCUAUGAAGCACACAAGGAGUAUGCUUCUAUUUAGUAUAGUAGUAUGGGAUUUGGGAUGGAGCCUCAGUCUGCAGUACCCCAAAUGACCUCCCCAUAGAGCACAGUACGUAGGAUGUAGAAUCCAAAAUGGCUCCGGAGUCUGUAUGUAGUGUCACUGUGUAGCAACAAACUGGCCGAGUGUGCGAGUGUGCACGCUUGUCUGAAAAACACACUGUUCUUGUUGCCGAGUCUUGUGUUAAAGAUUUAUAUGACCGUGUGUUGGAGAGAAAGAAGUGUGUGUGUGUGUGUUGGGUGUUUGGUAACAAGUUGCCUCAACCGCCUUCUGCCCAUCUGUGUAUUUGUGUGUGUGUUUGAGCAUUUGUUUAUUUACAUGCAUGUUUACUGGUGUGUGUGUUUGAGUGUUGCACAUGUCUGGGGUUUUUUUGGGCUGAGUGAAAGGGUCAGACAUGUGUAAACUGAAACCUCACAUACAAUCUGUCUCUUUUGGUCUCUCUCACUCACACACACACACACAUACACACACACACACACACACACACACACACACACAUUCUUGUUUGCACACGUUGGACCUUGAGGGAAGAAAAAAGGUCAAGAACUUGGAACUUGUCCAUAUGGAGCAGAAAGCAUGUCCAGACGGGGGGGAGGGAGAGAGAGAGAGAGAGAGAGAGAAAGCAAGCAAGCAAGCAAGCAAGCAAGCGCAAGAGAGAGAGAGUGAGAGAAAGCGCAAGAGAGAGAGAGUGAGAGAAAGCGCAAGAGAGAGAGAGAGUGAGAAAGCGCAAGAGAGAGAGAGAGAGAGAGAGAGAGAGUGAGAAAGCGCAAGAGAGAGAGAGAGUGAGAAAGUGCGAGAGAGAGAGAGAGAGAGAAAGCAAGCAAGCAAGCAAGCAAGCAAGCGCAAGAGAGAGAGAGUGAGAGAAAGCGCAAGAGAGAGAGAGUGAGAGAAAGCGCAAGAGAGAGAGAGAGUGAGAAAGCGCAAGAGAGAGAGAGUGAGAAAGCGCAAGAGAGAGAGAGAGAGAGUGAGAAAGCGCAAGAGAGAGAGAGAGAGUGAGAAAGCGCAAGAGAGAGAGAGAGAGUGAGAAAGUGCAAGAGAGAGAGAGUGAGAAAGUGCGAGAGAGAGAGAGUGAGAGAGAGUGAGAAAGCGCAAGAGAGAGAGAGUGAGAAAGUGCGAGAGAGAGAGAGUGAGAAAGCGCAAGAGAGAGAGAGAGUGAGAAAGUGCAAGAGAGAGAGAGAGAGAGAGAGUGAGAGAGAGUGAGAAAGCGCAAGAGAGAGAGAGUGAGAAAGUGCGAGAGAGAGAGAGUGAGAGAGAGUGAGAAAGCGCAAGAGAGAGAGAGUGAGAAAGCGCAAGAGAGAGAGAGUGAGAAAGUGCGAGAGAGAGAGAGUGAGAAAGUGCAAGAGAGAGAGAGAGAGAGAGUGCAAGAGAGAGAGAGAGAGAGAGUGAGAAAGCGCGCGCGAGAGAGAGAGAGAGUGAGAAAGCGCAAGAGAGAGAGAGAGAGAUAGAGAGAGAGAGAGAGAGAGGCGUGUAUAGAGAGAGUUUUCAUGGAGCACGACCCAGAGUGUUUUAUUCCUUACAUAUUGUAUUCAUCCUAACUGUAGCCUGCUGUUCAGGAACACUGUGUUUGUGAGAUCACUCAGACCAUCACCUGCAGCUUUCGCCACAUCCACUUCACUCAGCUCAGAAGAGCCGCCUUCGGGUGGAAACAGGAAACGGGACGUCUCUGUGCUUCACAGAACGAUCUCUGGAUGGUUUUGUGGAAUUUUAUGUUUGUUUUUGGUUGUGGACUUGUUCUCCUCUUCUUCUCCUCUUCUUCUCCUCUUCUUCUCUACUCCGCAGGGGUCACCUUCGUACAGUGCAGUACAGUUCCUAGUCUGAAUCCGGAACUCUCCGUAGCCUGGCAGAUUGUGAGUGAAGGAGACACUAAUCAGGAUGGACAGUUGGACUGUGAGGAGUUUACACAGUACCUGCGUACACACGAGAAGCGUCUCCGCCUCAUGUUCAGCAGUCUGGACCGCAAUAACGACGGUGAAAUUGAUGCUGGAGAGAUCCAGCUCUCAUUACACAAUGUGGGAGUGGAGGUUACGCUAGACGAGGCAAACAAGAUCCUGCAGAGUAUGGACAAGGAUGGCACCAUGACCAUCGACUGGGUGGAAUGGCGUGACCAUUUCCUGUUUAACCCUCUGCACAGCGUGGAGGACAUCGCCCUCUACUGGAAACGCUCUCUGAUCCUGGACAUUGGGGAGCUCCUGACGGUUCCUGACGAGUUCUCGGAGAAGGAGAGGAAGUCGGGGUUUGUGUGGAGGCAGCUGAUGGCAGGUGCCAUGGCAGGAACUGUCUCCAGGACGGGCACGGCUCCUCUCGACCGACUCAAAGUGUUCCUGCAGGUUCACGGUCAGAGCUUGGAUAAGGAUAAGGGCAGUGUGUGGAAGGGGCUGAAAGUGAUGGUGAAGGAGGGCGGCUUCUUCGCUCUGUGGAGAGGAAACGGCAUCAACGUGCUCAAAAUCGCCCCGGAAACAGCCAUCAAGUUCCUCGCUUACGAACAGAUAAAGCAGCUGAUUCACGGCAGUAAAGACCGAGGGAGUCUGAAGGUUCAUGAGAGAUUCAUUGCUGGAUCAUUAGCAGGAGCCACGGCGCAGACCAUCAUUUACCCCAUGGAGGUGCUGAAGACGCGUCUAACCCUGCGUACGACCGGACAGUACUCGGGCGUGCGAGACUGCGCUCGGCAGAUCCUACAGAAGGAGGGACUGUGGGCGUUUUAUAAAGGCUACAUACCCAACAUACUGGGCAUCAUCCCAUACGCUGGCAUCGACCUGGCCGUCUACGAGACCCUGAAGAACGUGUGGUUACAGAGACACAGCUCUGGCUCAGCUGACCCCGGUGUGUUUGUGCUGGUCGGAUGUGGUACGGUUUCCAGCACAUGUGGUCAGCUGGCGUCAUACCCGCUCGCCCUGAUCCGAACCCGCAUGCAGGCACAGGCGACAGUGAAAGGUGCCCCUCAGCUCUCCAUGCUCUCUCUGUUCCGCAGCAUCAUGGCUCAGGAGGGCGUGGUGGGACUGUACCGCGGCAUUGCACCCAACUUCCUCAAGGUCAUUCCUGCCGUCAGCAUCUCCUACGUGGUGUACGAACACAUGAGGAAAGUACUGGGGGUGGGAAAGUGAGACACGCAUGUCCUUCACUAUAGACGUCUCGAUGUCAGUCCUUACAUGAGACGAUAGACCGAAUAAGAAAUGAGAGAGAUGGAAGAAUGAGGGGAAAAGCUUGUUAAUGCACUCUAUGAUGGAGAGAUGUAUUGACCAAAGAGUGGAUUUACUCUUAAAGACAGAGAAGAUGAAAGCUCAAGUUCUACAUUCUGACUCAAAACCAACAGGGCUAUAAUCCAGUCGUUUGUAAUAAAUAAAUAAAACGGUUAAUCAAUAAAACUAGUUUAUAUUACCAUUUAAAUAUGCAAAAAAAAAAAACAACUUGUGACAGCUGACAUUUAUGUUUUACAUAACUAUAAGCAAGACUGUAACCUAUACAGCUUUGUUACGUUGUUAUUUCUCCAUUUUCUUGGUGUUUAUUUGUGCUGUUGAUCAACAGGAUCUUCACAUUCAGACUCACAGGCUGUCCUCUUCAGGAGGUGAAAUGAACGCUAAAGUGUGUGUUAAUACUUAGAAACAAGAAUGUGUGUGUGUGUGUGUGUGUGCAAUGUAUUCCCCAGACUAUAAAACCUGUAGCAUCUGUUAUGAUCCAUACAUGCUAUCUAGCAUGUCUUUAUUUCAUUGGAUUAAGAGUAAUAGGGUGUUUACGGUAAGCUAUGGAUAGGUGAACAUCUUCAUAAGGUUUGGCAUUUAGACUUUGAGAGAUAUUUUCAGGCCUGGCAGAAGGACUAGAGGUUUAUAGUCUGGAAAAUACAGUAUACGUAAAUGAGCAUGUGCUACAUUUUUAAUACAAAUGUAGGUUGCAUGUAAGUGAGCAUGUGGUAUAUUUUAUAAUGUAUAAAAGACUGGAUCUAUUUUCUUAACCAUGGAGUGUACGUGUGAGAAUGAAACAAUGGAAAAGUGUGUUUCAGACCCCUUUUUACUCUGCUUACCCCUGUACUCACUGCUCAGAUAUGAACCUAAAUUCACUUUAAACGUCUUCGGACUCGGUGCAGUGCCACCAGAUCACCACUAGGGGGAGAGUCUUUCUUGCUGUAUUCUUGUAUUAUGUGAUAUGUGCAAAUCCGAACAGUACAGUAGAGCCCUCCACCUAGCGGUGAUUUGGUGGAACUGCAUUGGGUCAAAGCUACUUUAUAAUUAAUUUACGUUCAUGUUUAUUCAUAGAGACGAUCACAGAGUGUCCAUUGGGUCUAAUUAAGUUUUAAUUAUCCCACAUUUACAUUUUAUAAGUAUUAAAUUGUCUUAAAUUCAAAUAAAUGUAGCUUUUUUUUAGCUAAGUUGCUUGAAAUGGAGGUUAACUCCAUCUACCAGUUGUUGAGCUAGCAUACACAGAGACGUGUGGAAAUAUAAUUAUUUAACUAAAAAAAAUGUAAACGUGUGAUUUUAUUAAGUAUAUUUGGUUCUUCGUACCUGCAAAUUGGGGCUGCGCUGUUACAAGCCUUGUGAAAAUCUAGAUGGAGAAUCUCCGCCUAGUGGCGAUCUGGUAGAACUGCGUCCGGUUCAUGCUAAUUUACAACGAAAUUAACAUCCAUAUUUGUUUAUAAACGACCACAGCGUGUCCGUGUGUCCCUAAUAGUUUUAGUUAAAGUUUUACUAUAUCAAAAUGUUACAUUUUUACAAGGAUUCGUUUGUCAUAAAUUCAAAUUAAUAUGGAUUUUUGGCAGGUGUUAAACCGAUGCUAAUGCUAGCUAUCGGUUUGUUGAGCUAGCAUACACAGAGUUGGGGAAAAUUUCAUGAGUUUAAGUUAACUGUGAAACUUAUUUGGUAGAUAUAGUUCUUCAUAUCAGCAAAUUAGGUCAUAAAUGACACUUUCAAAGUCUUUUUAAAGUAUUAAAUCAAACUUGAGCACAGUGCAAGCUCAAAAGUCCCCCAGGUUCUCUGUCAGUGUUGGGAUUUUAAACUCAUAACCUAGCAGUUACAUGCCCAGAUCUUUGAUUUAAACUCACAGCCCAGAUGUUUUGAUGGAUCAUGAUCAUGAUCAGUUUAUAAUUCUGGACUUUUAGGACACUUUAUGUGUAUAAGUAGUACGUUACUGAAUACUGUCAUAUCGUAAGUACCACUAGUACAGAUGUUUGUGAUUUGGGACACAGCCCAGGUCUUAUUAGAGGUAACAUUACAAGCUCUGUCCCAAAAGAUGCCCUAAAUUCUGCCUGCACUCAUCCUCCAAGCCAGCAUUGUAAUGAUGUUGAUGUCAAUAAAAGAUGUAGGGCUUGUAGUGCGUUGGUCCUCGAAUCUUAAAAAAUACAAGUAUUCAAGCAGAUCAGUGAUGCUCUCAGAGAUGAUUGUAGUUCUGAGUUGUUUCUCCAAAACAAACACCUACUUGGAGCCUUUGCAUUCACUCCAUGUUGAGUGACGAAAGCUAGAACCAUCCGAACCUUUUAAGGAACCUUUUUAAAGAGUGUAGAGUCGAAACCCUUCUAGAACCAAAAUUUCUGAUCAGACAUCAUGACUGUUUUCACUAGAGUACCUACACUUUAGAUAAAAUGAAUAAAUAAGGUUCUUCCUGGGAACUUUGGAUAGUAAAGUAUUCUUAGGUUCGUGAAAAGGAUCUACUGUACUUUGAACCCUCUCUGAAUGGAAAAUUCUCAGUUGUAGGGUUCUCCAGAGAGCCUUAAAGCAAUGGUCACCAACCCUGUACCUGGAAAUCUAUCUUCUUGAAGACUUUAGCUCCAGCCAUAAUGGUGCCCACCUGACCAUCUAGUCAUGGCCUUAAGAAGUUCUUGAUCAACCAAAAUCUAAUACACACUGUUUUAGUCGGCGAUGAAACCUGCAGGAAGGAACCUCAAGGAAGAGGGUUGGUGACCAUUGCUUUAAAGCUUUACACAGAAGAAUGAACUAAAGAAUCCUUUAGGGUUCUAGAUUUAAACUUUACUUCAGGUACUAUACUGAUGAUAAAUAGAUAACUAUUAUUAAGUCUAAUCUGCAUUUUUUUUCCACAGUAAUUGCACACUUUUUUGAAAAUGUGUGUUUUUUGUUUUUUCUCUCUUUGGAAUAAUGAAUGGUUCUAGCUUCCUAAAGGGGUCCUGCUUGGUACCUUUGUUGAAAGGGAAACCAAAUGAAAAAAUGGGGCUCUUCAAGAGUUCUGCUUGAAACCCCAACUGACAAGGAAACACUCUGUCGCAGGUUUCUACAUAGGGUUUGGUUUAGAGCUUUUGAUCAGUGAUGGAAGACUGUUUUUAAUAGGGAAAUGACACCUCUUAGAAAAUGUGCAGCCCCAAAGGGUUUUUUGUUUUGGACUCUGAGGGAAUCCUUAAAGGUUCUGGGUGGAACCCUGUGAUGGAGCGCUCCAAAAAACAUUUUCAAGUAAAACUAAAUAAUAUCCAAUGAACCCUUGAAGAACCGUUUUUUUUUUUUCAAGAGUGUACAGCCAUGCACAACGUGUGUGUGUGUGUGUGUGUGUGUGUGUGUGUGUGUGUGUGUGUGUGUGUGUGUGUGAGUGUGUGUGAUAGAAACCAAAAACUGAUUUUUUUUUAUUUAUUUAUUUUUUUUUACACUUUGAUCAAACAGCACAAUUGAACUGAAGAACUGAAAAAAGUGGCAGUGUUACAGCACCUGAGGUGUUUUAGGUCCCUGAGGUGGUAAUUUUUUUUUAUUUUUUUUUAUUUAAAUAUUUCUGACACAUUAUUCAUCGAAGAGUUAGCAACACACUGGGUAUUAAGAUUUUGUUUAUUAUUUGAAGCAUUUCUGUUUGCUCUGCCUGUAUGUAUCAGCUGAAUCCUGAUUAAACGUUGUAAUUUCAUGUACUUUAUAUAAAGUGUGGAAUGCAAGUGCUAUUUCCAGGAAUGUUUUGUAGAUUGAAUGCAUGCUUGAGACUUUAUGUAAAUUAUUAAAAUAAUAAUAAUAAUA